AUGAUGUGAUCAGCAGUGUUUCAAAGAGAAGAUGGCGGCUCCGGUGGAAGUGAUCGUGACCAGUGACUCUGGUUCUCAGCUGUGGAACAUCACCGUGUUCGACCUCCACAGCGGCUCCAGUCUGCUCUCUUACCGCGGAGGAAACAGUUCCACGCGGACACUCACCGCGCUGCGUGGACACUUUGUGCUUUCAGCUCAGCUCGGCAAGAACUUCAUCAACGUGUGGGAGAUUCAGAGGAAGGACCAGCUGCAGCAGAAGAUCGUGUGUCCAGGUGUGGUCACCUGUCUGACCUCUUCACCUGAUGGCGUUUUCCUCGCAGCUGGAGUCGCUGAGGCGGUUUACCUGUGGGAGGUGUCCACAGGUAAGCUGCUGUCUGUACUCAGUCGUCACUAUCAGGACGUCACCUGUCUGAAGUUCACAGACGACAGCAGCCAUUUUGUUUCUGGAGGAAAAGACAACCUGGCUCUGGUGUGGAGUCUGUGCAGUGUGAUCCAGCUGGAUUCAAACCACGCCCCUGAACCACGUCAUGUCCUGUCUCGUCACUCGCUGCCAAUCACAGACCUGCACUGUGGCUUGAUGGGAACUCAGGCCAGAGUCGCUACCGCGUCCUUAGACCAGACGGUCAAGGUGUGGGAGUUGUCCUCAGGUGAGCUUCUUCUGUCCAUUCUCUUUGACGUGGAGAUCAUGUCUGUGACCUUUGACCCCUGUGAGUACUUCCUGUUCUGUGGAGGAAGUGAUGGAAAUAUUUUCCAGGUGUCUCUGUGCAGCCAGAGUCUUGGUCGAGACAAAUCCUUUCAGUCCGACAAUGAUGGAAACCAGGUGUUCAAAGGUCACAGGAACCUGGUAACUUGUCUCUCGGUGUCUAUGGACGGGACUCUCCUUGUCUCUGGGUCACAUGAUGAGACGGUUCGACUCUGGGACAUCCAGAGUAAACAAAGCAUCCGUUGCCUGGCACACAAAGGCCCUGUGACGAACGCUUUCAUCAUGGCAGCUCCAGCAAACAUGUUCCUGCCGGACAGUCGUCCCACUGUCCCUCUGCCACGCUUCAGCAGACACCUACAUGACGGAGACACUGGACAGUCGGGAGACGUGUGUGUGCGGCUCGCUCCCUACACACAGGAGGAGGAGGAGUCAUACCUGCAGAAAGCUGAUAGGCUGAACUCUCUGAUGAAUGCUGUGACUGACAAGUCGAUCUUCGGUGACGGUGAAAACACUAAAGUUCGUAUCGCAGAGUUGGAGGAAGAAGUUCAGACUCUGAAGAAAAUCAACAAAGAUCUGUUUGAUUUUUCCAGUCAGCUGUUGACCAAGCCCACAUAAACGCACGCACGCACACACACACACACAACCACACAGUGACUUUUCUUAUUUCAAAAUAAAAGUUUUGCAAUUUUUUUUUGUAAAACUUGUUUGUCUUGUUGCGCAUUGAUUGAUAUCACUAACAUUACUUACUAGUACCUUGAAUCAUUAAUUAAAAUGAUAAUAAAAUAAUUAAUUAAACAUC